AUGUACCUAGUCUACGAGUACCUGGAGAAGGGUAAUCUGCAGAAGGCGGUCUACGGGGAGGAAGGCGGCGCCGCCGAGAAGUUCGACUGGGCAGCAAGGGUCCGAGUGGUCCGGGGGGUGGCCCACGCCCUCUCCUAUCUCCACCACGACCACUCCCCCCCCAUCGCCCACCGCGACGUCAAGACCAGCAACAUCCUUCUGGAAACCGACUUCGAACCCCGGCUGUCCGACUUCGGGACCGCCAAGCUCCUCCUCGCCGAUUCCUCCAACUGGACCGGCAUCGCCGGCUCCUACGGCUACAUGGCUCCAGGUAAGACAAGAGACAGCCGCCGUCCCCACACAUAUCUUCCUCUGUAAGCCCUGCGAUCGUCUCGUUCGGCGUUGACCAACCCUCACUCCCCGGGUGGUUGCCAUGCAGAGCUAGCAUUCACGAUGAAGGUGACAGAGAAGUGCGACGUGUACAGCUUCGGGGUGGUGGCGCUUGAAGUCAUGCUGGGAAAGCACCCGGCGGACUUGAUCGCCUUCCUGUCCUCUGGUGGUGGGGCGCUGCUGUUGAAGGACGUCCUCGACCAGCGCCUGGCACGUCCGACAGGGCAGCUGGCGAAGGAGGUUGUGUUCGUGGUCAAUAUGGCCCUGGCCUGCACCAACAAGGACCCGGCGGCCCGCCCCACCAUGAGGUUCGUGGCUAAUGAGAUCUCCGCCCGAACCCAAGCUCACCUCUCCGAGCCGUUCCCCGCCCUUACCGUCGGCGAUGCCGCCGAGUUUGAGAAGUAG